AUGGCUGAACCAGACGACGUUGAAGAAGAUCUUUUCGCAGACUUGUACGACGCCGAUGAGUCGACAAACCGGCCGCCACCGGCUGCCCCGGCCCCGGAGGUCAUCGAUACUUCGCACUCAGCGCCUUCAGCCCAACCAACUGGUAUCCCCGUAGCACAGACGAUCGAGGGUGGUCAUGACGAGUUUGAUCAAACUCAAAGUGCCUAUCAACCGUUUCACAGUGAAGGACAUAACCAGAACGGCUUCGCCAACGUGGAUUCCGGGCACACCGGGAAUGGAUCGCAUUUCCAUGGCGGGCCAGAGCCUCAAGGCACUGGUAUCAAAGAAGACGGGUAA